GUUUACAAAAAUAUACAAAAUAUAUAUUGAUUUAGUUGAGAGAUUUGCGUCAAAAUUUUAUAUCAUUAACAUACCAGAUUUUGUGUAAAAAAGCAAUAGUCCAAAUUUGUUGUGAUUAAGCCCAUUCAGAAUGUCCAUAGUUCUUGAUGUUGUUCAGCAGAUUGUGUUGCAGAAGGCCUAUGAUUUAACCUGUGAAGUAGCCAUUCGGGCUCUAAGGAGAUACACUGACCUGAAACAUGUGAAGGGGGGCAACCACAAACUGUUGAAAUCGGUGGCACCUCUCAAAUCGGUUUGCCCGCCGGAGGUGGCUACUCCAAUGGUUAAACCCAAGGCCCCAAGAAUUCGGAAAGUUAUUAAAUUCGAAGGGCGCGACAUGCCUCGAACGAAUAGCGGCAUGAUCGAUCCACCGCAGUGCUCCUGCAUGCGUAUCUGCCGUGAUAGCUACUUCUCGUAGUGGGAGCUCCGAAUGCCGACCAAUAGAUUAGAAUCAAUAAUGCAACUUUAAUAGAAUAGAAUCGAAAAAGGACAGGUUCAAGGAGCACAUCUCAUUCCAUUCUGUAGCCUAACAAUCAUCAAAUGUAACACUAAUAACAGGUUUUCCAAUUUUGGUAGCAUCUAA